UGAAAUAAAAAUGAAAGAUGCAAAGUUGUAUUUAAGGAGAUGAAGGGAAAUUAGGAUGUUGCAGAGGGAAAGGAAGUGGGCAAGGCAGGUUGAUGCCAUUGUGGAAGAGUUUUUAGCAUCUUUGGCUGAAGUUAGACAGCCUGGUGUUAUAGUAAGUGUACUUCCGAAAAGGAGGAUUUCGUUAAGAGUGGUUAAGAAGUUAAUGAAGUAUUAUACAAAAGGAGGCGAAUUGGCAAAUCUUAAUGCAAAUCAUUUUAACUUGAAAAAUGGGGGAAAAUAUAUGGAGUUGAUAAAGAUGGUAAAACCCCGUGAAAUUGUGGAACUUGAUUUCAGUUCACCUUGUCUUAGUUAUUCACAUUUGAAUGAUAAAUACUUGUUCAAAGGCAUCAGACUAACGCCAUUUGUUAUCAAUAGACUCAAAAUUGAAAAGUGCUACAUCAGAAACUACCAUCUGAGAAAGAUCUUUGUUUUCUCAAGGAACACAAGGAUGAUAAUGUUUAAGAAAUGCCAAAUUGAUACUACCGAAAUAAAGCCACUCGAUAGUUUUAAAUUUCAAACACUAUUUCUAUACUUCAAAGAAUGAAGUGGAUGGUUCAGUGAGAACUGGGGGAAUGAUCCCAAACUGGUAGAAGCCUUAAUCAAAACAAUCUCAACUUGAGGGUUAAAGAACUCUCUGAAUAGGAUCUACUUAAGCAAAACCUCAUUGACCGAGACCCAAGUUAUAGAAUGGCUAGAAACCUAUUCCCUCUACGACGUGAUUAUCUCCAUGCUUGACUUCACUAGUGACGACUCUAGAGAUUGCGUUCUCAAAUCUGAGCACUCAAUUCCACUAAAAGAGAAGAUUCUGACAAAAAGCGAAGACAAAUGUUUAAUUCAAUAAGUUUCUUCAACCAAGG